AAGCGAGCGUUAGACAGGGCUUCCUAGCAUUAUAAACUGCUGUGUUAAAGCAGGAGCCUGUCGGGGAUCGGCAAGACGAGGUCAAUCCUUCACGGAGUAAACAGGAGUGCAAAAACCUUUUCCACAUGUGUGUCAAAGGGGUUACUCACUUUCUCAUCUGUCUCCCAGUGCUGCUCUUCACUUCAGGAUGGCACGGCGUGGCUGCAAUGCAAGUGUACACAUCAGGUCGAGUGCAGGCAGUGAACGGCACGGAUGUCCGGUUGAAGUGCACGUUCCAGAGCACUGACCCCAUUAAACGCUCGACUCUCACCAUCUCCUGGAGCUUCAGGCCGCUCCGUCCCGGCAACGAGGAGACUGUGUUUUAUUUCCACGAGAAGCCGUUUCUUCCGAGUAAAGGUCGCUUCCAGAAGAAGGUGGCGUUUGUGGGAGACGUUUCAUCGAGUGAUGCGUCCAUCCUGGUUCGAGACGUGACCUUCAGCUUCAAUGGGACGUUCAGCUGCCAGGUUAAGAACCCUCCUGAUGUCCAUGGGAACGUUGGAGAGGUUCAGCUACGGGUUGUCGCUUCAGCUCCUUUCUCUGAGAUCGUUAUUCUCGCCGUGGCCAUCGGGGGUGCUGUGCUGCUGGUGAUCGUCAUUCUGGCCAUCUGCAUGUUCAUACGCCGGUGUCGAGAAAGGAAAAGGAUGGAGCAAGAAAGACUCCGAAGAGAACGAAAAGACCUCGUGGUGUGGUGAGGGGUGGAGCAUCGCGAAUGGGGCGGAGGAAAGAAAAUGAAAGACAGUGUCACGAUGGAGGACGAGCAUGUGUUAAACAAAGCUGCACUUCCUGUUCAGCACCCCCUCUGGCUUGGAUGUACUGAAUGUGUGGUAUUGAUUUUGUUACAGUGUGUGUGUGUGUGUGUGUGUGUGUGUGUGUGUGUGUGUGUGUGUGUGUGUUUUCUGAUACUGUUUUUGAUGCACUUUUAUGAAUUUAAAGGUCGUUUCAACUGGAAUCAACUAAAUAUGACAUUGACAGCAUGAACAAUGUAUAAGACGCCAUUUGCUUUUGUUUUUUUUCCCCCACUCUGUUUGGCUAAUGUUAUGACUGGCUAGCAGAGUUAAGUAACCUAGCAACAGCUAUAAUGUACAAAUCAGCUAAAGUGUGUAACACAAAUUAAACACAUUUAAACCAA